GUUUCAUUAAUGCCCGUACGUUAGAUCGCGCUCGUGGUGCCGACUACGUGGUUGACCGUAAAACGAGAUCGAGACUCACCCUGGUACAGAAUAGUUCCAACAAUGCGUUCUUAUUCCUGAACUUGAUCAAAUAAACGUUGGAUCGUAAACGACAAGACAGAGCUGAGAAUCAAGAAAAAGCAAUCGUGAAUUCAAGAAUCAGGUCGAUCGCGUUUGCGGUUCAAAGAAACUUUUUUCGAGAUACUCGGUGUCGCGCGCGCGGAUACUAAUCAGCAUCAUGAGCACGCCGCAGCAACAGCAACAGCAGCAGCAACAGCAUGUCGAGUUGAAACACGGUACCGUUAAGCUUAUUGUUUCGGGAGAUACCAUCACGAUCAGAGGUCAUCCAAGGCCCAGUGGCCCUGCUCCGGAGAAAACUGUCUGUCUUUCCAAUAUUACUGCUCCAAAACUGGGUCGCAGAGGAAAUUCAAACGCUGACGAAACCAGAGACGAGCCUUGGGCCUGGGAAGCACGAGAAUUUCUGAGGAGAAAACUCAUUAGCGAAAAUGUUACUUUUGCGGAAGAGAAAUCUGUCAGUGCUAGUCGAACAUACGGCUCGGUUUGGAUUGGAAAAGAUGCGAACGGGGAAAAUGUGGCCGAAUCUCUGGUGUCGGAAGGUCUUGCGACUGUGAAACGAGACGGCGUGCGUAAUCCGAGUCCUGCGUUGUUACGCCUGCAGGAACUCGAGGAUGCAGCAAAGGCCGCUGGCAAGGGUAAAUGGUCCGGGGAACCGUCCUCUGAUCAUAUUCGUGACGUCAAAUGGAGCGUUGAGAAUCCCCGAGUGAUCGUCGACAAGUACGGGGGCAAGCCUGUUAAAGCCAUUAUCGAACACGUUCGCGAUGGUUCAACCGUCAAGGCUCUUCUGUUGCCCGACUUUUAUCACAUAACGCUGAUGAUCUCGGGCAUACGAUGCCCCCAGAUCAAGUCCGAGGGCGGAUGGGACGAACCCUUCGCCAAAGAAGCGCAAUACUUUGUCGAAUGGCGACUUCUUCAACGCGAGGUCGAGGUUAUUCUCGAAUCUGCCAACAAUAACAAUUUUGUGGGUAGCAUUCGUCAUCCAAAAGGUAACAUCGCGGAACUAUUGCUGAAAGAGGGUUUCGCCCGAUGCGUCGAUUGGUCGAUGAAUCACAUUAAAUCCGGAGUCGACAAGCUAUACAUGGCAGAAAAAUUCGCAAAAGAGAAAAGACUACGGAGGUGGCAGGACUGGGUACCUUCUGGUCCUCAGGUUGAAUAUACCGGAACCGUAAUCGAAAUAGCUAGUGCCGAUUCGAUCAUCAUCAGAACCCUGAACCUUGAAACAAAAAAAAUAUUCUUGAGCAGCAUUCGACCACCGAUGAGGGAAAAAAAGCCAUCGGAUGACAAAAACGCUCCAAGAUCGAAAGAUUUUCGUCCUCUGUACGAUAUUCCCUACAUGUACGAGGCGCGUGAAUUUUUGCGAAAGAAACUCAUCCGUAAACAAGUCAAAGUUGUCGAAGAUUAUAUUCAACCGGCCAGAGAUACUUAUCCGGAGAAGGUCUGUUGCACCGUCAUGGUUGGUAAAGUAAACAUUGCCGAAGCAAUGGUAUCGAAAGGUUUAGCAACGGUAGUAAGAUAUCGACAGAACGAUGAUCAACGCUCGUCUCACUACAACGAGCUACUGGCCGCGGAGAACAAGGCUGAAAAAUCACAGCACGGUCUUCACGCGAAAAAACAAGUUCCACCCCAAAGAAUAAUGGACCUUUCUAACGAUCAGAUUAAGGCCAAAUAUCACAUGUCGGCGUUGAAGAGAGCACGAGGGACCAAAGGCGUCGUUGAGUUCGUUACGAGCGGAUCUCGUCUCAAGCUCUUUUUGCCGAAAGAAAAUUGUCUAAUUACGUUACUGCUCGCUGGUGUCAAAGCGCCACGGAGAUCGAGGCCGGCACCUGGCGGUGGUGGGGGUAUUAUCGAAGGAGAAAAGUACGGCGAGGAAGCGUUUGCCUUCAUGAAGGAGCACACCUUUCAGAGAGACGUGGAGAUUCAGGUCGAGACGAUGGAAUCAAAGGGAAGCGGUUUUAUCGGUUGGCUUUUUGUCGAUGGUGUUAAUAUGGCGGUUGCGCUUGUCGAGGAAGGUCUCGCCGAGGUUUCGACCUUCACUGAAAACGGCGAGUAUCUUAAGCUUCUCAAGGCCGCCGAAGAACGCGCAAAAGCCCAAAAAUUGAACAUCUGGAAAGAUCGCGUACAAGUCGAAGCUGAAACGGAACAAAUCGAAGAAGAGAAAGAAGUGACCGAGCGUAAAGUUGACUAUCGUGAGGUCGUAGUUUCCGAGAUAACCGAAGCUCUGCACUUCUACGCCCAAUACGUUGAUCAGCGAAGUAUGGUCGAGGGUCUUUUGGCGAGAUUACGCCAAGAGCUCGAGGCCAAUCCACCUCUGCCAGGUGCUUACAAUCCUAAGAGAGGCGAGCUCGUUGCGGCAAUGUUCACCGGCGACGAUCAGUGGUAUCGCGCCAAAGUUGAAAAAAUCUCUGGGAGCAACGUCAGCGUUUUUUAUAUUGAUUAUGGCAACAGAGAAGUCCUCAACGUGACGAGAACUGCUCCUCUACCCGCUGAAUUCGCCGGUGACAAGCCAUAUGCCCAUGAGCAUAUUAUCGCAUUUGUCGAACUUCCCGAAGAUAACGAUGACAAGAGAGCCGCGAUAACAGCGCUUCAAGAAGAUCUUGAAGAUAAAACUCUGCUCCUGAACGUCGAAUACAAAGUUAACGGGAUUCCCGCUGCUACGUUAUUGGACGCAUCGACCAAGGACGAUCUCGUUAAGGCCCUCGUUUCGGAAGGAUAUCUUCUCGUUGAAAAAAGGGACAGAAGGAGUUGCGCAAAAUUGCUUAGCGAAUAUCGAGCAGCCUUGCAGGAUGCUAAAAAGAAUCACCGUCUCAUCUGGCAGUAUGGGGACAUAACGGGUGACGAUGCUGUCGAGUUUGGAGUGAGAAAAUAAACGCCAAUCCCAGAUAUAUUAUUCAAUCUUGAAAUGGCGUGACAAAAUAUUUAAUUAAGAAAAAAUACGAGAUAAAGAAAUGUUAAAACUUGGGGGGAGGGAAGAAGGAAUCAUCAUACUACAGUUACGAAGAGAAUUCGGAAAAGGCAUAAUACUAUACACCGCAUAAUGAUAAUAUAAUGUUUCUUUAUAUUAUUAUUAUUAUUAUUAUUAUUAUUAUUAUUAUUAUUAUAAAAUAGAGAAUGAAUGGCUAUAUUGGCGACACGCGAGUUCCCGCUGGUUGUGAUUUCAGCGUAAAAUGCAUAACCGACGAUAAACUAAAGACAGACGUAGGACGAAAGAUAAAUUGUACAUAACGAUUAAUGAUCAUGUUAAUUAAUGAAAGAAACUGGAAAAAUAAUGAAAAUAUCAUAGUGCAAGGAAGAAUCACGUGACAAAAGUCCUUACCUAUCUGCCCCUAUCUAAACCUUCUCCCUUUUCGCCCCUCAGUACCAUCUUUCUGCCUAAUAAGACUGCUGCGCGUUUUCGACGACGACCGACCACUAUUUCAUAUUUCGUGUAUUAUCUUCGUGUCCCUUGUAUUACUUCUUAUCAUCUUAAUUGUGAUCCCACCAUCAUCGGAUUGUGAAUGAUUUAAGAUUUAUUGUUGAAAGAAUCGAUCGAAAAAUUAUGUAAAAAUAUUGAAUAAUUAUUUACCACUUUGGAUGGCAAUACCAUGCAAAGCGACGAUGCAUGGACAAUUAAAAAUAUUGAAUUUUUCAUAAUAGUGUCUUCGCCCUUGCAAUCGUUGUAACACUCGAAGCAGAAAACUGAACUAUUUACUUAGUGGGGGGGUACAUUUUUCAUUUUUAAACCCUCAAAUCAUUGUUGUAACUUUGAGAGAAUUCCAGAAAUUUUAAAAUCUGGAUUGCGCCAACUUUUCGAUGUAUCGAAACGCAAUACACGGUAAAAGGCUGUAAAAAUCAUGUUCAGGCUCAAAACAAUUGUGUAAAAAGAAAAGUUUCACACUCAAGUUACAGAAUUUCGGGGUACGAAAAAUAAUAAAUUGAUGAAAUGUAUUUGCGUGUACAUGUUAACCCGUGACUCUUACUGUCAUCUGAGAAAUGUAACGAUAUUUCCCUCAACAAAAAAUUGUUCGUACGUGCUCAAAAUAAGUAGUUUAUUGAAAAUAUGCACGGAAAAUGUAUAAGUGUGCAAUGACUUUUCUUCCUUCGGUUUUCAUCAAAAUAUAUAUAUUGAAUACCUAUAUAUUUACACUUUUUCUAAUGCAAUUAAUGUUACCAACGUUGAUAAACACACUUUCUCCAUUGAUUUCGAAUUUAAUCAGCAUCUUUUCUCUCUCGUCCCGUGUCAAAUAUAACAAUUAAUCAUAUACAGGGGGGAAGAGGGUGAAUGGAAGUCGAUUUGAAUGGACUUGCAACUACAUCACCUUUAUGGUUGAUUUCACGUCGUGGAAUAAAUAUGAAUUUGCGACUCAACUCUAAUAAGCUUUUCUUGUUACAUCAGUUAUCUGUCGGUAAGCAUGUACUACCGCAAACCGUCACGUAAACGCGGAUAAUUGUGAAAAUGUCUAUGAAGAAAUUUGAUGAUAUUUACAAGCAAAAAACCAAUUAGCUUUUAAGAAUCAUGUGUAAUCUUGACAUUAGAUAAGUAAAGAUCUUCUAUAUUAUUGAA